AAGCCACACUUUUGUGUAAAGUUCAUGUGGUUUGCUGACUUCAUGGUUAAAGCAUUGUCUUUUGGUUUUCCUUAAUGAAAGCAUAAUUUCAGCAUCAGAAAUCUGAAGUGUAUUGUUUAUUUAAUGACAUGUUCCCUUUCAGGGGACUACAAAUAGACUUAUGACUAGCAGUCAUUUGACUUGUUUUAGUACAUAAAUAAUCAUAACAGUAAUAUACAUUGGUUCAUGAUAGUAGUUACAGAUUUUCAGAUCCAUUGCUGUUUAUUUAUUCAUUUCUGCAUGUCAUACACAACAAAGGAGCUACACAGCCGAUUGUAAUGAUGGAUGCUAUGCAGGGCUGGGUUUUCCCAAUUCGAUUUGGUUGCAGUUCAUAAGCUUUCGAUUCCCAUAUUGAUUCAUAUGGGUAUAUUUCAGUUAUAAUGUCCCUUUUACUUUUAUUUGAAAUAAAUUCGCUCCCAGAUAAUGCUGUUAAUUAUAAAGGGGACCUUCUAACUAGGUACAUUAUGAAAAUAUUAGUUUUACUAAUUAUAUUUUAUCAGAUUUUCAUAAUUUGUCACACUUUAGCUUUUUAAAACUGAGCAAAUCCAUUUGAAAUUUUAUUGCAUAUACAGUUGUGCUCAAAAGUCUGCAUACCCUGGCAGAAAUUGUGAAAUUUUGGCGUUGAUUUUGAAAAUAUGACUGAUCAUGCAAAACUGUCUUUUAUUUAAGGAUAGUGAUCAUAUGAAGCCAUUUAUUAUCACAUAGUUGUUUGGCUCCUUUUUAAAUCAUAAUGAUAACAGAAAUCACCCAAAUGGCCCUGAUCAAAAGUUUACAUACCCUUGAAUGUUUGGCCUUGUUACAGACAUACAAGGUGACACACACAGGUUUAAAUGGCAAUUAAAGGUUAAUUUCCCACACCUGUGGCUUUUUAAAUUGCAAUUCGUGUCUGUGUAUAAAUAGUCAAUGAGUUUGUUAGCUCUCAUGUGGGUGCACUGAGCAGGCUAGAUAUUGAGACAUGAGGAGCAGAAAAGAACUGUCAAAAGACCUGCGUAACAAGGUAAUGGAACUUUAUAAAGAUGUAAAAGGAUAUAAAAAUAUAUCCAAAGCCUUGAAAAUGCCAGUCAGUACUGUUCAAUCACUUAUUAAGAAGUGGAAAAAUUGGGGAUCUCUUGAUACCAAGCCAAGGUCAGAUGAAGAAUGAAGAAUGCAAUGCAUUGGAAAAUCCAUAUUUUUUUCUGAGUCUUAAUGUGAUGUAAUUUUUAGGAGUUUGUUGGUGUGCCUAGGUUUAUAAUGAAACUGAUUAUGAGAUCAGAAAGCAUUCAUCAGAACAUUUAGAAGGUCGCUUGCUCUUUAUCCUUCAUUUGUGAGGGGAUGAUAGAGAAAGAGUCAAAAAGAGAGUGUAUAGGGGAGGGGGAUGGGUCCAUAAAUGGAAUUCAGCAUCUACCAAGCACAUGCUGACAGGAUUGUCUGUUUACAAACCCUUCACUACUCCCCCUCCGUUUCAUAUUGCUGCCUUUCCAGCAGCACCAGGACUUCGAAUUCAGUAGCGGCUUAGAGGAGAAGGUGGACCUAUCCACCAGCCAGCCAAUCAGACUUCAGCAGCCAACACGUGAUCAGCAGGGGGGCCCCGGGCCGAAGGCACGAAGGGAGCACAAGAAGGGCUAAAGCUUGUGAAACGCACUAAUCCCCUCGCAGUGAUCAUGUGUCAGCCAAGCCUGAAGAAGCAGCAGCAACAAAAGGGGCCGUUGCGGAAUGGUGCGGGGAAAUGGUGAGAUGCUGCAGGUCUUUGCACAGCUCUCCCACUUGCUACAAUCUACACAGAGUCAGGGUUGAUGUGCGGCGCCUCCGACUGCUGGGCUCCUCAGCAGGAGCAACAGGGGAGCCCUCAUACGGCACUAACAACACCGGCACUGGAGGCCCUGGAGCCCCUGGGGGCUCAUCUCAGCUCAGCCACCGGAAUCGAUUCAGGUUGCAGUUCCCACAACUGGCCUUGCGGCGGCGUCUAGGACCACUGAGCUGCAUGUCCCGGUCUACCGCCCGCCUUCGAUUAUGGCCUCUGUCCUUCCUCUACUACAUCCUGCCCUUCGCAGCACUCAAACCUCUCGCCAGAGUAGGCUGGAGGCCAACAAGCAGAGUUACAAUCUACAAGUCCAUACCCACUCGACUGCUGUCCAGAGCCUGGGGUCGGUUGAACCAGGUAGACUUGCCCACCUGGUUACGAAAACCUAUCUACAGCCUGUAUAUAUGGACGUUUGGAGUCAACAUGAAGGAAGCGGCCGUGGAAGAUCUACAGCACUACAGAAACCUGGGCGAGUUUUUUAGGCGCAAACUCAAACCUCAGGCCCGUCCGGUGUGCGACUCGCACUGUGUGAUUAGCCCUGCUGAUGGCAAGAUUCUUCAUUUUGGUCGUGUGAAGAACUGUGAGGUGGAGCAGGUGAAGGGAGUGACCUACUCCCUGGAGACGUUCCUCGGGCCACAUACCUGGACUGAGAAUUUCACCGUUAACAGAAAUGAGGAUGACCCUGGCACGUUCCAGGAUUCCCUAGUCACUAAGGAGGGGAAUGAGUUGUUUCACUGUGUAGUGUAUCUGGCUCCAGGAGACUACCACUGCUUCCAUUCGCCUGCAGACUGGAGGGUGGCACACAGACGACACUUCCCAGGUUCUCUGAUGUCUGUAAAUCCAGGAGUUGCACGUUGGAUUAAGGAACUUUUCUGCCAUAAUGAGCGUGUGGUCUUGAGCGGGGAGUGGACACAUGGCUUCUUUUCACUCACAGCUGUAGGAGCCACAAAUGUGGGAUCAAUACGCAUCUAUUUUGACAAGGAACUACGCACCAACAACCCUCGCUACAACAAAGGCUCUUACAAUGACUUCAGCUAUGUAACGAACAACAACCAAGAAGGUGUGAUGAUGAGUAAAGGAGAGCACCUGGGCGAGUUCAACUUGGGCUCUACUAUUGUACUGUUAUUCGAAGCUCCACAGAGUUUUACCUUUAGUUUGCAACCAGGCCAGAAGAUCCGUUUCGGAGAACCUCUCGGAACAAUGUAAUGCUGACGAGAGAAGAAUGGAUUUUGUCGUUGGACACGCUAAUCUGUGUGCAGAUGCAUUCAGGGUUUUAAGAACUAAUACUCUCACAUUUGCAGAGAUGUACUCUGUUUAACCUGAGAUACAUGUGUGUUCAUAUGUACUCACCCAAACCACCACUGUUGCAUUAUUGCCAUCGGGUUCUCCCAGUCAUUUUUUAGGGGGGUUUACACACUUUUGUCCUUUUGUUGUAAUGCAAAGCUUAGAACAUCAAGUUGUAAAGUUUUGUUUACCAUGAAUGCCAUCCAGCUUUUUUUGCUUUUCUAUUUUGAUAAAGGGUUGUUGUUUUUUUCUGUUUUUGCCCAUAUUGCCUUUGGCUGGAGUCAAUGUAGAAGGGUUUGAAGAGUCAAGGAUAUAUCCACCGUUGACUCUGCAAGCAUGGGGAUACACCUCCCACUCGUAAAAAGAAGGAAUGUACAAGAGAUCAUGGCUUUUUAUUUUAUCAAACCUUCUUUACUUUUUACCUUUAUUAUAUUUUAUCUUUAUUAUAGUUUCGCUCUUUUAACGAUAAAAUCAUUGCCACCUUUACUCACUAAUGAGAGUGUUCUGGAAAAGUCAAACAAUUAUCACUGCCAUUGUUCUCUCGUUUUUGAACUAUGCCUUUGGAUGUUGAUCUAGUGAUUAGUUGGGAGAUCAAUGUUAAGUAUUACACUAGUAGAGAAAGCUUCACUAUGUUUUUGUCUCAAUUUGAUUAGUGCCAAAAACGCAAGAUAUAUUUUUACUAACACACUUUUUUUGCCCUUUUGAUAUGAAUCAAAGUACUCUAUAAACAUACUUAUACUGGGAUAAAGACAUUCCCAAUUUCCCCCACUCUGGUCCACACAUGUAAAGAUUAGGGGAAGGACUCUGGUACCAGAAGUAAGGGCCUCUGGGGUAGAUUUGUUUUGAAUGUGUUAACCAAACACUUGAGUUUUUCUUUGCACACAAGUGUGGAAGUUAUUAAUUAAUUUAAUUUAACAUAGCCAUUAAUUACAAGCUAGUUCAAAGCUAAAGAAACAUUUCAUUAAUACAUUUUGAAUAUUAUUUAAAAUGUUGUUCUGUAAAGAAAUUUGUCUAUUGUCAAGUCUAAAACUAGGAAAAAGUACCAUGGUAUUUACUGAGUUUUGCCAUGGUAAUACCAUGUUUGUUUGUUUGUUUGUUUUUAUGAUGAUUUUUGGUGUUUGUUUGUUUUUGUUUUUUUCCGGGUUCCCACUCCCUUUGAUCAAUGAAUUUCCAUGAACUUUCCAGUUGAUUAAAUAUUGUACCACGAGGCUCCACUCCACCAAGAGAAAGCCAAGGUUAGCAAAACAAAACAUAACGCAGCGGUACACUGGCGAGGAGACAGUAGGCUCUAUUUCUAUGGAGGAGAUGCUUCAGUGUGCUGAAUAAACUGCUUUUGUGAGGAAACAGCUCAUCACUUAAUUAACUGACCGCCUGUCCACUAAUCUUCAACAUGUUUUACAAUAAACAAUCCUUUUGGAAUUAA